GCUCUGGCGGGCCGUGCCGGCGGACGGCGCGCGCCCUCCCAGAGAGUCUGGCGCCGGCGAUGGCGCGGCCUCCCGGCUGCGCGCAGCUUAGGCGGACGGCGCUCGCUGGGCGGCGCGGAGGGCCCGCGCCCCGGCGAGUCCUUGCAGCGCCGCCUCGGCGCAGUGGGGCGGCCCGCGCCUGCCCGCCGGAGCCGAAGAAGAAGAAGCAGCGGCAUCGGCGCAAUCAAAGAAGGCACAGCGCCGAGCGGGCGGCGAACCAGCGGAAGGGUGGGCAGGCGGCGGCGACGCCGGGCGCGGCACGCGGAGAGCGCCAGCCCCACGCUCUCGCCGACCACUGCGGGCCGGACCAGGGGAAGCCCCGGGGCGCUCUUCGAGGUUGCCACCAGAUUCGACUACGCGGUGCUGCUCAGCAGCGAUGGCAGCGCCAUGGCCUGCGGUCAGACUGGCCACGGUCAGUGCGACCUCCCUGUGCUUGGCGUUGACUUGUGCUACGUACUUCACCCGCUUCCAGCCAUGCUCCUGCAGGCAGUGCUCGACGUGUGA